AUGUCUGAAGACGUUAGCCCAGUAGCAGAGCUGCUUGGGCAAGCAAUCUAUCAUUUCGAACGCCUUCGGCCUCUACUUCCAACUUAUGGCCACCUGCUCGUCGCAUCUCUUUUCCCAAUCUGGAUCGGUGCCCAUGCGUCUUUAUCUCGACCUACCUCUGCUGCCAAAGCGCCCCCAAAGAACAUUGGGCGAGAUGGAAGUCGAACUGACUAUGACGAUUCUGACGAUGAAUCAGGCCCAGAUCAGAAGAUGGAAGGGCUUGAGCCAUCUGAUGCUCUGAUGUUUCCACUCACGGCAGGCCUGACCCUUGGGGGCCUGUAUUUUGUGAUCAAAUGGCUCGAGGACCCGGCGAUUCUGAACAAGAUUCUCAGCUUCUACUUUUCCUGGAUGGGGGUGUUUUUCGCUGUUGCCUUCUUGAAGGAUUUCAUGUUGAUUGUCCGCUCAUUCAUCUUCCCCAAACACUACAUCUCCGGAGGAAUUUUGUGGGUAGUUGAUCAGUCACAGCGACUCUUCGUCGCGAAAUCCGCAAAAGGCACUCGAAUCGUGCGGAAUUCACCUCUUCCCGGUGUAUUUGGUGCCAUGCCACUCCCGCAGCCACUCAAGUCGCUACUGUGGGCGAUUCGCAAUGUCUCUUACCAGCGCCUACAGCUACGAGCUCAAAUCCGGGGCCUCUUCAACGUCAGGACCCUGGUGGGUCUGCUUGACCUGCUCAGUGGGAUCUUCGCGCUUGCUGCUGUUGGAUAUUUUGCAUUCGUGAAAAAGCCCUGGUGGUUGACCAACUUUUUGGGUUUCAGCUUCAGCUACGGUGCUUUACAAUUCAUGUCUCCUUCCACUUUUUGGACGGGAUCCCUGAUCUUGAGCUCCUUGUUCUUUUACGAUAUCUACUUUGUCUUUUUUACCCCUUUGAUGGUCACCGUUGCUACCAAGCUAGACGUGCCGAUCAAGUUGCUGUUCCCUCGACCACCAAGUCCCGGCGACGAUUCUAAUGUUCAAUCUCUAGCCAUGCUAGGGUUAGGAGAUAUUGUCGUGCCUGGUAUGAUGAUUGGCCUUGCACUUCGGUUCGACCUUUUUCUCUAUUACUAUCGGAAGGGAAUUCAAUCAGCACAACUGCAAGGUCUGGUCGAUGAAUCUGUGAAACCACAAUACCAACGCGCCACCGGAGCUUGGGGAGAACGAUUCUGGGCUCCGGCCGCCAAGCCGAAAUCACCCGAGCUGAGCCCUCCAUAUUCGGAUGCGCGAUCCUUUUCCAAAGUCUACUUCAAAGCCAGCAUCGUCGGAUACAUCAUUGGAAUGAUUACAACGUUGCUUGCCAUGCAAUAUUCAAACCAUGCUCAACCCGCUCUCCUAUAUCUGGUGCCCGGUGUACUGAUUUCUCUAUGGGGGACCGCACUUGUCCGUGGUGAGACUAAAGUCAUGUGGAAUUUCUCAGAUGCCGAGGAAGAGGAAGACACAGAUUCCGAGGAGCAGAGUAAGGAGAAGAAUGCCACAGAGACUCAGAGCGGCAGUUCAGACUUUGAUGAACAAAAGGGUCUUUUCUCUAGGAUUCUCUCCGGCGAUGUGCGUCUCUUUGGCUCGGGUGCGAAAGAGUCAGCGGCGGUGAAAUGCCAGGAGGAAAAGGAAACCGUCAGCGAUCAGGGCAGUGAUAACGACCUACCUGGCCAGGACAAGAUGUCAUUAACCACUGCGGUUUCGAGCAAGCGGUUGGACAAAGGCGCCAAGGCCUCGGAUGACCAGGAAUUGAUCUCAUUUUCAAUCUCAUUUCCCAAGAAAACUCGCCCGAAAGAGAGUUCAGGAGCAGAGAAAGAUUCUGAGGGAGAAGCAUCCCCAGUGGUGGCCAUUCCUGAUGUUGGCGAGCAACCCGAAGAGCCACCAUUGAAGAGGAGACGUGGGACUCCUAGGAAGCAAGCCGCUUGUUGA